AUGGAUUCCCUAUCAUUUUCAGGUAUCUGCAGGUACCGUGUAUCACCCUCAACUAGGUUGGGUUUCGAUCAAUCCAAUCAUAUAAACGAUGGGUUUUCCUUGGGGAACAAGGCUAGUUUUGAUAGGAAACAGGACAGACAAGGCUUAGCAAUAACCCGUGUCGCGAGUCCAUUGAAGCGGGCGAUUGUUCCAUCCCUGGAGAAAGAAACCGUCCCUGACCAGAAUCACGUUGCAUGGACGAGUGUCAGACAAGAACGAUGGGAAGGGGAGCUGGUUGUACAAGGAGAAAUACCGUUAUGGCUGAAAGGUACGUACCUCAGAAACGGCCCAGGGAUAUGGCACAUAGAAGACUACAACUUCCGUCACCUCUUUGACGGCUACGCCACGCUAGUCAAGCUCCACUUCGAGAACGGCAGGUUAAUCGCCGGUCACCGCCAAAUCGAAUCCGAAGCCUAUAAGGCUGCAAGGAAAAACAAAAAGAUUUGCUUCCGAGAAUUCUCAGAAGUUCCUAAACAUGAAAACUUCAUGGCUUAUGUUGGGGACCUCGCAAAGCUCUUCUCCGGCGCUUCUUUAACGGAUAACGCCAACACGGGCGUUGUCAAGCUUGGAGAUGGACGUGUAGUUUGCUUGACAGAAACCCAAAAAGGGUCAUUAGUUAUUGACCCGAACAGCUUGGAAACACUUGGGAGGUUUGAAUAUAGUGACAGCCUGGGGGGUUUGAUACACUCGGCUCAUCCGAUAGUGACAGACUCAGAAUUCUUGACCCUGUUACCUGAUUUGCUGAACCCUGGAUACUUGGUGGUGAGAAUGGAGCCAGGGACGAACGAAAGGAAGGUGAUCGGAAGGGUCAACUGCAGGGGCGGUCCAGCACCAGGGUGGGUCCAUUCAUUUCCAGUGACUGAGCAUUAUGUUAUCGUGCCUGAAAUGCCAUUGAGGUACAGUGCGCAAAAUCUACUCAAAGCUCAACCGACUCCAUUGUACAAAUUCAAGUGGCAUCCUGAAUCUAAAGCCUUUCUCCAUGUUAUGUGUAAAGCUAGUGGAAAAAUCGUGACGAGUGUUGAAGUGCCAUUAUUCGUGACAUUUCAUUUCAUCAAUGCGUACGAAGAGGAAGAUGAAGAUGGUAGGGUGACUGCUAUUAUCGCUGAUUGUUGCGAACAUAAUGCCGACGCUGCCAUUCUAGAUCAGCUUAGGCUUCAAAAUCUCCGCUCUUUCAACGGCCAGGACAUGCUACCAGAUGCAAGGGUCGGAAGAUUCACGAUUCCAUUGGAUGGGAGUCCAUUCGGGAAGCUGGAGUCAGCGUUGGACCCAGAUGAACAUGGGAGAGGCAUGGACAUGUGCAGCAUCAACCCUGCCAAUUUGGGCAAAAAAUACAGAUACGCUUAUGCUUGUGGAGCCCAACGCCCAUGUCACUUCCCCAAUACCCUCACCAAGCUUAAUUUUGCAAAGAAAAAGGCAAAGAAUUGGCAUGAUGAGGGGGCUGUGCCAUCCGAACCAUUCUUUGUGGCUAGGCCAGGGGCGACAGAGGAAGAUGAUGGUGUUGUAAUCUCCCUAAUUAGUGAGAAAAAUGGAAGUGGCUAUGCUUUAUUGUUGGAUGGAUCAACAUUCGAAGAAAUUGCAAGAGCAAAGCUCCCUUAUGGUCUACCAUAUGGGCUGCAUGGCUGUUGGGUCCCCAAGAAAUGAAAUCAGUAGAGAACCUUCUUUACAAACCAGAAGCUACCCAGUGCAUUAUGGUCCAUACAUCACGGACAGGCCCAAAACUGGAGACAGCCUUGUCAUGUGAUAAAAUUAUGCAUUUUGAUGUCAUUACUGUGAGGUGUACGUAUAGAUAGGGAGUAAUUCCCAGAAAGAACAAUAAGAAAAGAAAAGGAAUAUAUAGU